UUUAUUAAUUAAAGAUUCUACAGUUAAUGCUAUAACAAAUUAUUUUCUAUCAGUAUUCACUUGUUUUUAAUUUGGUAGACCUUAAAAUUUUCCUUUUCGCAAAACAGUUUAACUACAGUUUUAUUCAAUGUACAUCAUAUAAAUUCACACUAAAAACAAAUCUCCUUUUUAUAAUGUUUAUAAAAUGCAACAUUACCCACCUCAGCCACUCUCAUAAGUAUCCAAAGACAAAAUGACAUUUCAAUUUUUUAUGUUAAUAUCAGUUUGGAGUAAAGUUUAAAUGUAUCAGUUUUGAAAACCUAAAGUAACUGAUGAAAAUAAGUUUGUCUUUGGUUUUGGUUUUUUUCUCAGAGUUUGAGACCUUCAAAACAAGAGAAAGGUCCCUGGCCUCAUGAAAUGAAAUUGCCCUAUUGUCUAUUGUCCUAAAAUGAAUACUUUUUACUAUUCUUAAAACCAUGCAAAAUUGGAUACCGUGGAAUGGGGUUACUUUGAUAUUGAGGGGUUUCUUUGAUCAGGUGCUACUGAUUUUAAAUUGGCUCCAUAACAUUGCCAAACAGUUGAAUGCAAUGUUACUUUCAUAGUAGAUGGCAGCACAAGUAUUUUCUAGGCCAUAAUAACAUUUCUUGGUGCCAUUUUGUUUUUGUUUUUUUAAUGGAAUGCCUAUUUGUUGAUGGGAGACAGUUCAUACAUUAAUUUUUGUCCCAAAAAGUGUUCCAACUUUAAUCUGGCUACAGGGCUUUUUUUCAUAAGUUCAAGCCAAAACAGGCAAGAUGCCUCGUGAUUAUAAAAGGAAGUUAGGAUCUAGGUGCUACCAAAACUACACAGAAUUGAAGUUAGAAGAGGCUUUAGAAGCAGUUGCUGAUAAUAAGAUGUCGUUACGCCAAGCUUCAAGGGAGUUCAACAUUCCUUAUGAAAAAGGCCCCAACUUCGGACAUAUUGGAAAGUUUGGAACAGAAAAUCAAAUCAAUUGAAGAAAACAGAGUUCGUGCAGAGCAGCGACAGAGGAGGAUAGUAGGACAUCUGAUAUUGUAUUCUAUCGGACUUUAUAUCAUAGCAGCCUUCCUUUUCUACCUGUUCUUCUUCCCGGCACCUCUGAAGGAGCAGAUCAUCUACAUCACGCCUAUGCUGAUAUUCCCUGUGUUAGUAGUGUUUUUAAAGAAGUUGGUAAGCUGGUAUUAUCAUCGUAAACUGUUACAAGAUCAAAAAAAGUUACAAAAGAUGCGUGAAAAGAAGAAGAAAAUGUUAGAAGAAGUAAUGGAUAAGGAAACGUACAAAGUGGCAAAAGAGAUACUGGAAAAAUAUGCCCCCGACCAACUUAGGAAGCAGGCACCAUUGUCGCCUACGCAGUUGAAAUCUCCGCUGCUGACGAGCUCUUUACAGCCAAGGCUUCAGCUGAUGCAGCGUCCCGUGGGACAGGCCCCGUCGAGUGAAGUGGAGUUGCGUCGUCGCUCCAUCGGCCAGGCAGCCACCAACAAGUCCGCUCUUCUGCCGCCCGGUGCUCGCUCGAUGUCGUUGAGCCUGGAGACUGUUGCGGCCGGCCAGAUCAAUGGCAGACAACGGGGUGUUUCAGGACCUCCCAUGCCUAGACCAAUAUUCCCGCGGGAGCGUUCCUAUGCAGACAAGCUGAUGGAGUACAUCCUGGGCGAUGGCCCAGGCAACCGUUAUGCCCUGAUAUGCAAACAGUGUGAAUCUCAUAAUGGCAUGGCACUCAAAGAAGAAUUUGAAUACUUAGCUUUUAGGUGUUGUUAUUGCUUUUACUGGAACCCAGCUCGCAAACAGAGGCCUCACGCGCCUGCUCUGGCGCUACCCGCAGCCACCAAUCAGGACAUUAGUACGUCCUCGUCCGAACUGAACAGCGCGUCAAGCUCAGAAGAUGGUUUGUAUUUCAGCCAUGAGCCUGCGCCGGAAGACAGUGCCGUUGCAGAAGUGCCGUCCGAGGGCAGUGAGCCCAGGGCGUCAGAGCCAGGCGAACUGCCGGCAGCAGAGGCAGUCGCCACGGACAAUGAAGCUGGCGGCGGUGAGGAGGCAGGAGACAGCCCCUGCAGGGACAAUGUGAAAGAUGAGGUGAAUACCACAACUAACAAGACUUCUGAAGGUGAUAAAAUUCAUGACUAAUUGUUAUUUACGUAAUUCAUUAAAGAAACACACCAAAUAGCACAUUUUAUGCAAGAGUAUGUUGUUUGCCAAUAUGUUUCUAUGAGACUAACAGAGUGUUUCCUUACUGACUAGGUUCUGUUUAAGUAAUGUUCAUUGUUUCAGGUUAUUGUAUUUAUUGUGGUUAUGUAAUUCUUGUUACCAUUUGUGGAAAAAUUUUCCAGUUUUUAUAUGUUCUAUUUAUUUAUCUCUUUACGUUAUGAAAGUGCCAUUUAGGCAUGCUGUCUAAUAUAUUAUACCAGCAGUCAUUUAUUUUUUGGUGUAAUUUUUUUUUCACUUUCUUAUUAAAUGCUAUUGACCAAGUGUUUUGUCAAUUACAAAAUAAUUAUUAUUACUGUGUUUACCUGUGGUAAAAAUCGAAUGAUAAUAUUUAAAAUUUUAAGUAUACUUCCCUUGGAAAUACAUGCUAUUUAUGUCAGUAAAAUGACAUUUUGAAGUUA